CAAGAUUCGCAUGGUUUUAUUGCUAAAUAUUGUUCUUAUUUUAACAAUUUUUGCAAAUUUCAUCAGCACUAUUUAUUUUGUGAUAUCUAAAUUAGAAAAUGAUUUUGAACGUCACUGGAAGCUGCUGUACCGUUUAUUAUUAAUCCUUGGUUGCACAAUGCUUGUGUUGUCCUGUGUUGUCUACGUUAUUUUAGUAUAUUAUGGCAGGAGUAAUGACGAAAACUACGCACAAAGACGAAAACCAACCGCUUAAUUUCAAGUCGCUUUUCUCAGUUGGAUUUUAUCGGGAAGUGAAACAAUACUGCGAUUGAUCGGAUUGUUUGAUUUAAAAACAAGGUACUCUUUGGCUAUGGUGAAGAUUGGUGGUUAUUUGCUUUCGAGCGCAUAGUCUUGUUAAUUCAAACUUCGUUUCAAAUGUUGUGCCUGCUCACGUAUGAGAAAAAGACACGGGUUCUUAAAGCAGGAAGAGAUUGGAGGAUAACAAGAAAAUCGUUUCUGCUUGUUAUGAUAUUUAUGAAUAUGUACAUGUGGAUGUUGAAUGUUACCGACCUUAAGAAUAUAGUUGACUUACAAACGCCAUGUAUGGACAAACUUUACAGCAAGUCUGUUGAUACGAUUGUCUACAUUGUAAACAGAGCCUCGACAUUGGCUUAUCAUGUUGAGUCUGCUCAGUUGUUGUAUAAGUUUUACAUAGAAGAUAAUCCAAAUCAAAUUGAUCAUGAAUGCGAAGAUCUUGUAGACCAAGGCAGAAUUGACUAUCAAGCAAGAACAGAAUCCGAUUCAAGCAAAGGAACUUGGUGGGGAUUUUUCUUAUUUGUUGUGUUCGUGUCUGCUGCACUUGGUUCAUAUAUAACAAGGCUUAAGACUACGGAUGAGCAUUACCUUGCAACGGGUGCCAUAAUAGGCAUUUCGCUUUUUGUAUUGGGUUUAACUAUUGAUGUAACUUGUUGUCAACGUGACAAUGAAGAAAACACAUUUAUGGACAGAGAGACAACGGUAUUUGAGAGAAUUACAGCAUACUUGGCAGGGGAAAAUGUUGGACAUUCAAGAAUCUUACUGUUUUACUCCAUCUGUGCCAUAAGUUAUCACUCUCUACUUACUGUGUACAGCGAUAAUAAUAGAGAAAAAAUCAGAGAAAGCUGUAAAGGUUUUGCUUGUUUAAUCUUGACUGUGUUUAUGUUUUGGAUGAAUCGUGACCGGCGGGAACUAAGAUGCUGGUUUGCUCUGAAUCUAAUGAUUUGGAACGUAUUGGCAUUAGUAUGUUUGGAGCUAAUUGGAGAGGCUUUCCAACAUAAGAAACCUGAGAAUGAUAAAAAGCUACAGCUGUAUGUCCUGCCUCUAGCAAUCGAUUUCAAAAUAUAUGUUCUAAUUCACACGUAUAACGAUAUACAAGCGGCUAAGAAGAAACAUCGACAGAUGACCAGUAGAUCAAAUUCAAGCUUAAGGGAGAGUAGGAACAGUUUGGAAAAUCUUCUUCUAUCUUCAAGUGGAAGUUAUCAGUCAUGUGUUGAAGCAAUGUGACAACAAAUUUAUAAAGUUAUGUGUGAACAAUGUAUCAUGAUUAUUAAGACCUUAUAAUAACCGAGCGCGAGGUCUUUACGGACAAAUAACGGACCGAGGUCUUUUUGUACUGACCAAGCCGUAGGGCGAGGUUUGUACAGAAAGACAAAGCUCCGAUAUUUCUCAGUAAAGACCGAGAAAGCGAGGUUAUUAUAAGGUUUAUUAUAAGGCAUUAUUUGACCCGAAACGAAGCUUGUUUUCUUUCUCGUACAUGCUGUUUUUACGGGUUGACUUUCACUUUUCUAGUUUUGUCGAUAAAAAAUAAAUCGUUUCAAAUUGUAUCGUCGGGAUAGUUAAACUGUUUCCGGAGUGUUUUUCCGUCGACUCACACUCGUAAAUGGUUUUUGUUUGUUUUUGCGUUUAGCUGUUUGCUUUAAGACGUUUGUUUACACUUGACGGUAAAAUUACGCGUUUUGGACCGUGGUCCAUUACGGAAAAUAAUGGACUGACAAAAAUAUUUCUGAGCCAAUCAAAACCCGCCAAUUUGCCGAAAGUGAUGCUUGCCAUAUAAAAUGUAGUUUAUUGUCUUUGCUAUUUUUGUAAUUGCUUAGUUAGUAAUGAUCAAGAAAUAAUUAAUUUAUAAUUGCUGUAAAAUGAUUUUUAAGAAGCUGUGUUGAUGUAACACACUGUUGGCAAGAAAAUUUCCUGCCAUUGUUUUUAAAUUGAAAUGUAUGAACAAUUUACUAUUUUAAUAAUAAAAAUUAUCAAAUCCAAA